AUGGGGGUCGAUCUGUUGUAUCUCGUACCGUUGGUGAUGAUCCUUUACGCCGUCUACUGCUACAUCACAAAGGAUAAUAAAUACUUCCAUGAUAAGCCGAUACCUUCCAUGGCGGUGGAGCCUCUGUUUGGGAGCUCCGGUCGGUUGAUGAAGAAAAAGACCUCGUUACAUGAGUGGAUCAUCGAAAUCUACAACAAGUAUCCGCUGGUGAAAGUCUUUGGGAUGCACGAUCUUACAACCCCCGUUUUUGUCGUUCGCGAUCCAGAGCUGAUCAAGCGCAUUGGCGUCAAGGAUUUCGAUUACUUCGUCAACCACCGACAGAUUGCCGGUAAUACCGAAAACAGCAACCCUCAAGCCCUGUUUGGUAGAAUGCUUGUUGCGCUGAAAGAUCAAAAGUGGCGCGAUAUGAGGGCCACCCUUAGUCCUGCUUUUACCGGAAGUAAGAUGCGGCAGAUGUUCGAACUGGUUGGCGAAUGUUGUGAGAAUAUGGUGAAGUUCUAUAAGGACGAAGUGCGUACUAAAGGUGGUCCACAGGAAUACGAGAUGAAAGAUAUGUUUACGCGAUACGCCAAUGACGUAAUUGCUACGUGUGCGUUCGGGAUUCAGGUUGAUAGCUUACGUAAUGCCGAAAACAAUUUUUACAUGAUGGCCAACAAGAUGAUGAUGUUGCAGCGACCGAUCGUUAUUGUGAAACUGAUCUGUUUCCGGUUGGUGCCGAAGCUGAUGGCAUGGUUAGGUCUUGAUCUAAUCGAUCGCGAACAGAACAGCUUCUUUAUGCAGAUCAUCCGGGAGACGGUGCAAACGCGAGACGCCCAAGGCAUAGUCCGACCGGACAUGGUGAACCUUUUGAUGCAGGCCCGUAAGGGAGCAUUGAAACAUCAGAAGGAAGGUAAAGAUGAGGAUGAAGUCAAAGGAUUCGCCACCGUCGAGGAAUCGGAAGUGGGCCAAGUUCAAGUCGGUAAAGGAAUGGAGAUGUCAGAGACGGAGAUGGUGGCCCAAUGUCUUAUCUUUUUCCUCGCUGGAUUCGAUACCGUUUCCACCUGUUUGACAUUCCUGGCGUACGAGUUGACUCUAAAUCGUGAUGUGCAGGAUAAACUGUACGAGGAGAUAAGCGAAACAAAAGUCUCCCUCGGAGGUGGUCCACUGACCUACGAUGCCGUGCAAAAGAUGCAGUACAUGGACAUGGUCAUAUCAGAAGCCCUGCGUAUGUGGUCACCAGUUCCUUCUACCGAUCGGGAGUGUGUGCGGGACUACGUGGUAGAUGAUGGGGAGCGCUUGCGGUUCACCAUCGACAAGGGAACGUGUGUGUUCAUUCCCAUCGCUGGCCUUCACCACGAUCCUCAAUAUUUCCCGAACCCAGAAAAGUUUGAUCCGGAGCGUUUCAGUCCAGAAAAUCGUGAUAAAAUUAAUCCUAGCACGUACCUUCCAUUCGGAAUCGGACCGAGAAAUUGUAUUGGAUCUCGCUUUGCCCUCAUGGAAGUUAAGGCUAUCAUCUACUACAUGCUGAUGGAGUUUACGUUCGAGAAAACACCAAACACUCAGGUGCCAUUACAGUUGGGCAAAGGCUUUGCAGGAAUGCGCAGUGAGAAGGGAGUCUAUGUAGAACUGCGGCCAGAUAAUAAAUACUUCCACGAUAAGCCGAUACCUUCCAUGGCGGUGCAGCCUCUCUUCGGAAGCUCUGGUCGGUUGAUGACGAAAAAAACAUCUUUUCAUGAGUGGAUCAUCGAAAUCUAUAACAAGUAUCCGCUGGUGAAAGUGUUUGGAAUGCACGAUCUAACGAAACCGGUGUUCGUCGUUCGCGAUCCAGAGCUGAUCAAGCGAAUCGGCGUCAAGGAUUUUGAUUACUUUGUCAACCAUCGACCGAUUUUCGGCGAUUCCGAAGUCACCAACUCGCACUCGUUGUUCAAUAAAACACUGAUCGCCCUCAACGAUCAAAAGUGGCGUGAUAUGAGGGCCACCCUUAGUCCUGCUUUCACCGGAAGUAAGAUGCGGCAGAUGUUCGAACUGGUUGGUGAAUGUUGUGAGAAUAUGGUGAAGUUUUAUAAGGACGAAGUGCGCACUAAAGGUGGUUCACAGGAGCACGAAAUGAAAGAUGUGUUUACUCGGUUCGCGAAUGAUGUUAUCGCAACGUGUGCAUUUGGCAUAAAAGUGGACUCUCUGCGUAAUGCCGAUAAUGACUUUUACGAGAACGGUAGGAAAAUGAUGAUGUUCCAGAGGCCGAUUGUCAUGGUGAAAGUAUUUGGCUUCCGACUGGCACCGAAGUUGAUGGCAUGGUUGGGACUGGAUUUGUUUGAUCGUGAACAGAACAAGUAUUUUACCGAGAUUAUCAAGGAUACGGUGCGAACGCGAGAUGCUCAUGGAAUCGUCCGACACGACAUGGUGAAUCUGUUGAUGCAGGCCCGUAAGGGAGCAUUGAAAAAUCAAAAGGAUACCAAGGAGGAAGAGGAAGUCAAAGGAUUCGCAACUGUCGAAGAAUCUGAAGUGGGCCAAGUUCAAGUCGGCAAAGGAAUGGGUAUGUCAGAGGCGGAGAUGGUGGCCCAAUGUCUCAUCUUUUUCCUCGCCGGAUUCGAUACCAUUUCUACCUGUUUGACGUUCUUGGCGUACGAGUUGACAAUCAACCGGGAGGUACAAGAUAAGCUGUACGAGGAGAUACGUCAGACAAAGGCUUUGCUAGGAGGAGGUCCACUGACCUACGAUGCCGUCCAAAAGAUGCAAUACAUGGACAUGGUCAUAUCAGAAUCCUUGCGUAUGUGGUCACCGGCUCCUUCCACCGAUCGAUUGUGCGUCCGGGACUACGUGGUAGAUGAUGGGGAGAAUCUGAAAUUCACCAUCGACAAAGGCACGGCUGUGUUCUUUCCCAUCGCUGGCCUACACCACGAUCCGAAAUACUAUCCAAAUCCGUAUAAGUUUGAUCCGGAGCGUUUCAGUCCGGAAAAUCGAGACAAAAUUAAUCCCAGCACUUACCUUCCAUUCGGAAUCGGACCCAGAAAUUGUAUUGGAUCCCGCUUUGCCCUCAUGGAAGUUAAGGCUAUCAUCUACUACAUGCUGAUAGAGUUCACGUUCGAGAAAACAUCAAACACUCAGGUGCCACUCCAGUUGGGCAAAGGCUCUAAAAUGAGUGUUCUGGUGUAUCUGGUGCCGCUGCUGGCGAUUGUGUACUACGUCUACCGAAUUGUGACAAAGUAUAGCAACUACUUCAACGAUAAGCCCAUACCGGUGCUGAAGGGAAAGGAGUUGUUUAAGAGUUCGUUCCGUUUGAUGACGAAAAAAAUAUCAUUCAAUGAUUGGAUUAUCGACAACUAUAAAAAGUACCCGACGGCGAAAGUUUUCGGCGUGCAGGACAUGGCGAGGCCGACAUUCUUUAUUCGCGAUCCGGAACUGAUCAAGCGGAUUGGCGUAAAGGAUUUCGAUUACUUCGUCAACCACCGGCCUUCGUUUGGAAAUAUAGAAAACAGCCACCCUGAAGCUUUGUUUAGCAAGACUCUGAUCGCCCUCAACGAUCAAAAGUGGCGUGACAUGAGGGCCACUCUUAGUCCUGCCUUCACCGGAAGUAAGAUGCGGCAGAUGUUCGACCUGGUCGGUGAAUGUUGCGAGAAUAUGGUGAAGUUUUAUCAGAACGAAGUGCGCAACAAAGGCGGACCACAGGAGCACGAGAUGAAGGAUGUGUUUACCCGCUUUGCGAACGAUGUUAUAGCGACUUGUGCGUUCGGCAUUAAGGUGGACUCGCUGAGCAACACGGAGAACGACUUCUACCAGAACGGCAAGAAGUUAAUGGACUUCCAGCGUCCGAGCGUCGCGUUCAAAAUAUUCGGGUUUCAGAUAGUACCGAAGUUGAUGGGUUGGUUGGGAGCGGAUCUGUUUGAACGUGAACCAAGGGAGUACUUCACGGAGAUCAUCCGGGAGACGGUGCGGACGCGAGAUGCUCAUGGAAUCGUUCGCCCUGACAUGGUGCACCUGUUAAUGCAGGCCCGUAAGGGAGCACUGAAGCAUCAGACGGAAAAGCACGAAGAGGAAGAAGUGAAAGGCUUUGCGACCGUCGAGGAGUCAGAAGUGGGUCGGGUGCAAGUCGGCAAGGGUAUGCAGUUGUCCGAGAUUGACAUGGUGGCGCAGUGUGUGAUCUUUUUCCUUGCCGGCUUCGAUGCCGUAUCUACCAGCUUGAUGUUUCUGAUGCACGAGUUGACCGUCAACCGUGAUGUACAGGAUAAACUGUACGAGGAGAUCCGUCAAACGCAAGAAUCGCUCGGUGGAGGGCCACUGACGUACGAUGCCGUGCAGAAGAUGCAGUACAUGGACAUGGUGGUGUCAGAGACGUUACGCCUGUGGCCUCCUGCUCCCGGUACGGAUCGCAUGUGCGUCCGGAAUUACGUGCUGGAUGAUGGCGAGGGUCUACGGUUCACCAUGGACAAGGGUACUAUCGCAUUCAUUCCAAUCUUUGGUCUUCAUCGCGAUCCACAGUACUUCCCCAAUCCGGAUAAGUUCAACCCGGAACGGUUCAGUCCGGAAAAUCGUGAUAAAAUCCAUCCUGGGGCCUACCUUCCUUUCGGGAUCGGUCCAAGAAACUGCAUAGGAUCUCGGUUUGCUCUCAUGGAGGUUAAGGCCAUCAUCUACCACAUGCUGAUGCAGUUUACGUUCGAAAAAACACCAAACACCCAAGUGCCGCUGCGGUUGGCAAAGCAAAUGGUUGGAAUAAACAGCGAAAAGGGUGUGUUUGUGGAAUUCCGGCCUCGAUAA